AGAGAAUCGCCCUCUUCAAAACUCUGAAUUACAGUUCAUCUUAAGGCCUGUUUGAAAGCAACCAGAUUUCAUCUUUCCAAUGUAUUUUAGUUGCGGAAAUGACAAAGAUCAUCCAGCAUCUUAUCUGUCUGCUAGUAUGGUGUCAAGCUGUAGAAACGCUAACAAAACUAACAAAUUUGGGACAAAAUGUGUCCAUAAACUGUGAUCUAGAAGAAAAAGAGAUUUAUUGGAUGCUACUGAAGCUACCAAAUCCUCCAGUUAUGAUACUGCGGUUAUUUUCAACUUCACCAACUCCUUUUUACUACGAUAAUAUUACACAUUUCAGAUCUAAAUAUUCAGUGCAACCUAAACAUCAUCUAGUCAUAAGAAAUGUCACUACUGAUGAAUUAGGUGAUUAUUACUGCAUGACCACAGAAGCACCUCCAAAAUUCAGCAGCGGCAUCAGACUUCACAUCAUUGAACCAACUAAAUUACCUAACUAUCAGAAUCACACUGUGGUGAAGUUUAUUGAGCAGAUUCAGAAACCAUGGAUGAUUAUUAUCAUCAUAUCUGGUCUGAUGCAUGGUGUUCUGGUCUUUGUGGUGAUUGGUUGUUCGCGUUGCUACUCUAGAGAAAAUGUAAAACAUCAAGAAGCAGAUUUCGAGCAGACUCUUCGCAAACAACUUAAAGAGCCAAAGACCAUGGAAUCACUCACCUCUCGCACUUUGUCUCAUACCAUGUCAAUCCACUUUCUGACCAAUACCACUAACUCUGGAAUGAACAAUAUCACAAGUCUACGAAGUAGAGCUGGAUCAAUUUCAGGGGCUCUGAUCCUCUGCCUUUUCCUACCCAUUGGCAUCUCUGGAAACCUCUUGAUCAUUUGGAGCAUCCUGGCUCGAACCCGCCAGCGUUCCAUCACAACCCUCCUGAUCCUCAACCUCGCUUUUGCGGAUGGAUUUUUGAUGCUUUUGAUGCCUUUCUUCAUUGUUUAUUUGUUCCAACGCAGCUGGAUUUUUACUCUGCCACUGUGCAAGAUUCUGCUGUACCUUUGCAGUACCAACAUGUACGCCUCAAUAUUUUUGAUAACGCUAAUGAGUCUGCACAGGAUGGUGGCUGUAGUGUGGUGGAAACAUGCUGGUGUCCUGACAGACCGGAAGGUGAUGAUUCGGGUGUUGGUGGGACUGUGGAUUUUUGCUCUCGGAAUAUCGGUACCAAACUCUGUUUUCUGGACCACUUUCUCGAGUGAGCAAGAGCCAAAGUUUUUACUGUGUGCUUGUAAACAUCCACAGCCACGAGAUGUGAUGCUGCACCACUGUUUGGAAAUUCUGCUGGGUUUCUUAAUUCCGUAUGGGCUGAUCAUAAGCAGUUACGUGUGCAUCCUGCGCAGAAUUCGCAAGACACGGUUUCGUAGGCACAUCCAAAGUGAGAAACUCAUCCUGGUGAUUGUCAUCACCUUCGGCCUGAUCUGGCUUCCUUUCCAUACCAUGAAUAUGGUGGAGGUUGGUUCAACUCAACUAAUUUAUCCUCUUUCUCACAGAUUAAAUCAAAUCUGGCUUUCAUUCCGAGGCUUCAGCUCCAAUAUCACCUUCGUCAGCAGCUGCAUAAACCCUGUUCUCUAUACCUUCGCUGGAAAGUCAUACAUUAAACGUGAAGGCCUGGCCUUCAUGGCACGGCUCUUUGAAGGCUCAAGGAUGGAGUCCAUGCAGAAGAACCAGCAGAAUCAGAAAAAUCAAGAUGAAGAGAAAAAAGAAGAGGAUGACCAUCUAAGAGACAAAGUCUGAUU